ACGACCACUAACCAUGUGUUUACACCGAGGACGUCGACAGCCUGAAAUUGCAGUACGGGACUAACCAAUGACGUUCGAAGUAAAAGAUCGAGCCAUAUGAUCAAAUCUCUCCUGCCAUUGGCUGGCUCAUCUCUUAUACCGGCGUUCCUGUUCUAACCAAUAACGGGCGAGUCUACUGACACAAGUACAAGGAAGGAUACAAUAAGCGUUUCUUUCUUUUCUUCCUUUACAAGAUCCAGCAUUUUCCCACGGCGCAAAAUCUUCAGGACAUUCCCAUGUUCCGUUACGAAUUCUCGGCUCGAAGUGUUUAGCUAUUCCAGAUUUCUCGGAGGUGAAUUUCCGGUCUCGGUAUCGAAGCCUGAACACUGCUGUCGUGUAUUAUCAGUGGUCGCGACGCCCGUCAACUAAUCGUCCGUUUCGUAAAUUACGUUGUUCUCGUGAACUACGAAACAUCUUCGAGCAUUUCCGAGAUCAACGGAAGUCGAGUGUAACAGCAUCGACAUCAUCAGUUCUAUCGGAGCAGAAUUCCGAUUCUUCUUUGCUCCGUUUUCUAAGUAAAAAACACUUUAAGCUUUGUAAUACAAAAUGGCACUGCCAGCGAAUUACAAGCAAGUCGCGAUAACUACAUCGAACAUCGUAGCUUCCAAUCAACGUAUGAGAGCAUCUGGUGGGAGUUCAAGCAGUACAACGAAUAGUAAAGAUACUCAGAGUCCAUUUAUACAAACUCCCCAUAGCCAUCCUGGAUUUACACCUCAGAAAGUUGGAAAAAAUACCAAUGCUGAUUCUCGUAUGCCAAAACCACCCAAGCCACCAGAAAAACCUCUUAUGCCAUACAUGAGAUAUAGUAGAAAAGUAUGGGAUCAAGUCAAAGCUCAGAAUCCAGAGUUAAAGUUAUGGGAAAUUGGCAAGAUUAUCGGGCAAAUGUGGAGAGAUUUGCCAGAAGAAGAUAAAACGGAGUUUAUCGAGGAAUAUGAAGCCGAAAAGGUGGAAUAUGAAAAGAGUUUGAAAACUUAUCACAAUUCACCAGCGUAUCUAGCUUAUAUCGCAGCUAAGAAUCGUGGUAAAUCUGCAUUGUGUGCAGCACAACAAAAUAAUGACGAUCGAGAAAGUCAUGAACGUACAUCAGGCGGCAGCAAAAGUCAAGCGGCUCAGGAUAGAAGGAUUGACAUUUUACCAGCAGAAGAUGAUGAUGAUCAAGACGAUGGAUAUUCUGUGAAACAUGUAGCAUAUUCGCGUUACACGAGAAAUCAUCGUCUUAUUAACGAAAUUUUUAGUGAUACAGUUGUCCCAGAUGUUCGUUCUGUAGUCACUACUCAAAGAAUGCAAGUUUUACGUCGUCAAGUACAAUCCUUGACUAUGCAUCAGAAAAAACUUGAAGCCGAGCUACAACAGAUAGAAGAGAAAUUCGAGGCAAAGAAGCGUAAAUUUAUAGAAACUAGUGAGAUAUUUCAAGAAGAAUUGAAAAAGCAUUGCAAACCAGCAGUAGAUGAGGAGACAUUUAAUAAAAUGGUAGAACGACAAUAUGAAGCUCUUAGACGAGAGAGAUUAAAAGGAACGGAAGAGAACCGUUCAGAUGGACCAGCAUCUAGCGAAUCUACUCCAAAUUCAACACCAACUCCAACUCCUGCGUCACUCAAUGAUGAAGGCCAACCUGAUGUCUCUGAUAAUGAUUCGAUCGAGAAGAAAGUCGGCAAUGCCGAGAAGCCUAAUAUUGAAAUGAACAAGAAAAUGUCGCCUCCAUAUACUGAGAAUAAAAUCGAGGCACCAUCAGCGGUGCAAACGAACGCUAAUCAGCAACAUCCUCAAAAUUCAGGAAUGUACUGUAACAAUGUGGUUAAUUCAAUUCACCAUCAUCCACAACAGACACAUCAGCAGCAGACACAAACGCCGCAACAUCCACCGCCGCCACCGCCACAUCAAUCAACACCUUCUCAACCGCAACAUCAGCCUUCUCAGCAGCAACAUCAACUUCCUCCUCAACAGCAUCAACCUCCUCCUCCUCCUCCUCAACAUCAACCUCCUCCAUCAGCACAGCAACAUCAAUCAUUGCCACAACCUCCUCAACAGCAUCAACCACCACCACCACCACCACCUCAACAUCAACAACAACCACAACCGCAGCCACCGCAACCACCACCACAGCAACAACAACCAUCACAACCACAGCCGCAACAAUCACCAGCACCUCCAGUAUUGCCACCCCAACAACCAACUACGACAGCCGCAGCAGCGGCUGCAGUCGCGGCAGUAGUUGCUAGCGCGAACGCGACUGCAAAUUCUGCCCCGCCGAAUAUGCCACCAGUGUCCGCAUCUGCAGUGCCCAUUCAGCAUAAUCCCCAUCAGCAAGGGAUGCUGCCAAAUCAUUCGAUGCCGCCGCAUCAAAGUGCCCAAAGUACUCAGGGCACACAGGUUCUGCCGCCGCAGGGACCAGUAACCAAUCCACACACCCCACAAAUGAUGCCACCUAAUCAGGCUUAUAGUCAGCAAUAUCAGUCUGGACCAGGUCCACAACAACCACAGAAUGUUCCAUUGGCUCCAAGACCGCCACAUCCUUCUUAUAGUUACUCUCAACAACAACCGUAUCAUCAACCUUAUCCACAAUACGCUCAUCCAUACUAUCAUCAACCGUACUCGCAAUAUUCGCCUCAUCCAAUGGGUCGACCUCAUGGUCAUGGUCCUCAUAGCCCGCACAGUCCGCAUUAUCAUCCCCAAUCACCUCAUACAGUCCCUCCUGAAAAUAAUAAUGCUAAUGCCAACGUCGCAGGCGGUGCAGGAACUGCCGUGGCUUCCGCAUCCGCGCCUGAUAGCAACAAUCCUACUACAUAUCCCGCACCUGCAGGACAUUGCGAGAAUGAACGCACGGGUCCAUCAGAGAAUCAGGAGGGUCAGAUAGACACUAAAUCAGGACCCGCUUAAAUAUUUUUUAUUUUACAAACACUAUUUCCGUCUACACGGAAUACAUUUACCAUCUGUCUCUAUAUCAAGAGAUUCAUUCGGUGUAUUUCUUUAAUUUAUACGGUAAAAAUGUAGGAGUAGUUUUUAGUUUUAUUACAAUCUAAUCACGGACACAAAAAUUAUCCACUGAAAUUGUAUUCCACAUAAAAUGAUUAUAAAGUAGAAAUGGAUAAGAGAAUAUCUGUGUGCAAAAUGAUUCCUUCAUUAUAUCUUGAAUACAUUAUAUAAUUAGUC